CGUCAACGAAAUAAAAAGUAUUACAAACUAAAUAAAUCACAAUUAAUUCAGUAUACAGCUGCAUUUGUCGUUGGUUUGCUGCUGGUUUGCUUGGAAUGGUUCUCGUCGCCUGUUGAAGCUCGUUGGUGGGACGAAGAAUCAAAAUACAAGGUCAAUGAUGUCAAACAAGAUUUAGAGAGUGCUGUGCACGAAAUGCAAAGAACGCAACAGAUGCAAUAUCUGUCCAUAAAGAAACUCGAAGAAAGACUAAACAAACAGGAAGCUUUGACCUCUACACAAGCAAACAUAUCAAAAAUCAAUCAACGUAAGUUAGAGCAUCUGGAAAACACUGUGGCAGAACAGAAGAAAUUGAUCUUGGAGUUGUCAGAGAAAAAUAAUUUAAAAAAUGAUGCGGAUAUCCAUAAUUUGAUACACUCAACAAAUUCUACAGGAGAGAACAAAAAUAGAAAGGAUCUAACAAAAUCAUUCAUCUCUGGAAGCCAAAAAGCAUUCAUCGAGGGAGUGAUUUCACGACCAGAACGAGUUGUAGCAGCAGAUAACGGCGUAGCCUUUUAUGCAUAUUUGCCAAGAAAAGAACUACAUCCCGCACCAGGCCAUACCCUUAUUUUUCGGUCAGUUGUUACCAAUGCUGGCUUCCAUUAUAAUCAACACAAUGGAAUGUUUACAUCCCCUGGUAACGGAGUAUAUGUAUUCACAUGGACUAUUUCCGUAUGGGAUUUCCUUGGAACAGAACUGGUUGUCAACUCCUAUCCAGUUGGGGCAACGUACACAACUGGAAAGGAUGUAUUGGACAUAAGAACAACGACUGGGGUGGUUGUUGUAAUGCUCAAUCGAAAUGAUGUUGUUUAUGUGAGGGUUAAUGCUGAUUCAAGAGUAAGUCAUAAAGGAGAUAUUUGGAGCGACUUUUACUACAAAACUUCGUUUUGUGGUUGGAAACUGUUUUAAAUAUGGAGUCCAUGUACAUUGUAC